AACUUUUUGGACGUUUGAGCUAAAUAUUGGAGCGCACACGCCGAGCGCGAGAAGAUUGCCGUUCUCCGUCCAGGUCCACCAACACCAACUCUUACCUUGCGUGCAACCAACCACUACUUGGUCUUUCUUUAUUUUCCCCACUUGCCAGAAUGGUCGACAAGAAGCAGCGCAUUCUCAUCCCCGGUGGAGCGGGCUACAUCGGCAGCCACGUCGUGCUCUGCGUCCUGCUUACCCGCAGGUACAAGGUGACGGUCGUCGACAACUACCACAACUCGUUCCCUACGUCGAUUGAGCGCAUCGAGAAGAUCGCGUUGGAUGCGCUGCCCAAGGAUGCCUCGCAGGCCGACCGCGACGCAUGCAAGGUCGACCUCAUCAAGGGCGACAUGAGGGAGAGGGACACGUUCGACCGUGCCUUUGCGCAGUACAAGGGCGACGACGCCAUCUAUGCUGUCAUCCUCGUCGCAGCCCUCAAGGCCGUCGGCGAGUCGGGCGAGAUCCCCAUCGACUACUACGACGUCAACAUCUCCGGCCUCGUCAACCUGCUGCGAAGCAUGAAGGAGGCCAAGGCAGCCCGGCUCGUCUACAGCAGCUCGGCCACCGUCUACGGCACGCCCAAGACGAUCCCGAUCCCCGAGACGUCGCCGCUGCAGGCCGAGAGCGUCUACGGCCGGACUAAGCAGAUUGGCGAGACGAUCAUCAAGGACACGUGCGAUGCCUACCCCGACGAGUUCCGGGCCAUCAGCCUGCGCUACUUCAACCCUGCCGGCGCCCACCCUUCGGGCCUCAUCGGCGAGGACCCGCGCGGCAAGCCUGGCAACCUCCUGCCCCUCCUCGCCCAGAUGGCCGUCGGCAAGUACCGCGAGCCCGGCCUGCAAGUGUUUGGAAACGACUACCCCACGCCCGAUGGCACCUGCGUCCGGGACUACAUCCACAUCAUGGACCUCGCCGGCGGGCACGUCAAUGCCCUCGAUGCGCUCAGCGACGACAGCAAGUUUGCGCAGCUACCUUCGCCGGGCAAGUACAAGGCCUACAACCUCGGCAAGGGCAAGGGCAUGAGCGUGCUCCAGAUGAUCGAGGCAAUGAAGAAGGUGACCGGCUACGGUUACCCUUACAAGAUUGUCGGACGGAGAAAAGGCGACGUGCCCGAUCUGACGGCCGAUCCCAGCCUGGCGGAAAAGGAGCUGGGCUUCAAGGCCGUCCACAACCUCGAAGACAUGUCUCGGGACCUUUGGAACUGGCAGAGCAAGAACCCUCAGGGCUAUGGCCAGCAGUAGAGAACAAGUCGCAUAGAUAGACAAUGCGGGCUAGAAAAGAAGGGGGGCAGGGGCAUGGCGGUUGAGGCGUUUACUUAUUCUCGUGUUGUCAAGAUGGCCAUAUAUGAUGGACCUAAGAAUUAAUAAAGAAAAGC